UUAGUUUCAGCUCUCAUAAGUUCUUAAUACAAGACGGAUGUUGGCAACUAGAAAACAAGCUAUCAGUAGUUUUAUAUGAACUGGUUAGCAAUGACGUUACUCUUUAUUCAAUGGGUGCUAUGUGUAAUGACGAUUACGGUCGUAAGUGCUAAUGAAUGUGCACUUAACAGUCAAUGCGUACCUAUAGCUGAUUGCCCGUUUAUCCGAGAUAAUUUCAAUUUAAUCAAAAGGAAGCCCUAUUGCAAUUUGGAAAGUCGUGGUGCAAAUGUAUGCUGUAGGAAAUCAUCACAAAAUUACACCCAACCGAAAUAUGUUGAUUCGCGUGUCGUAAGAGAGUGCAGAUCCUAUGACAGUGUGCCAAGUCUACAAAAUCCAUUAGAAGAAGGAUGUCACUACACAUCUAACAUCGUUGGUCGCUCAAAAGCGGAACCUAAAGAGUUUCCUUUUAUGGCAUUAAUACACACUAAAAAGGGAGACGUGAUUGCUAAGCUUUAUGGUGGUGCUUUGAUUAGCAAAAAAUAUUUGUUAACAUCCGCUUCCGCUUUCGGCAGCAGCGAUCCUCUCACUUACUGGGUGCGUUUAGGAGAAUUGGAUCACGGUACUAAUUCGGAUGACGCUUUGACGCAAGAUAUUAAAAUCAAAAAUUUCAUACCUCAUCACCAAUAUUACAAGACUAAACUAUCUAAAUUCCAUGAUAUUGCUUUGAUCGAAUUGGCAAAAGAAGCAAUCUUCAAUGAUUACGUUCGUCCUGCGUGCCUAUCUCUGGUGGAUGAUAAUGAUUUUCGACAAUUUCUAUUUACUGGCUGGGGUUUUCCUAAAAGGGAACCUUCAACCCAUUUACAUAAAAUGAAAUUAGAUCGUCUCGAGGAUGCUAAAUGUUUUGAUAUGCUCCAACGCGAUGGUUGGGAAAAAGAUAUUAACAAUCGUACAAAUAUAUGUGCGACCCCUUCUACUGGCGACAUCGGUAACUGUCUUGGAGAUGGCGGUAGCCCACUUUUUGCGAAUCACCCCGAGUUUCCCUGUCAAUUCCUCGUAGUAGGCAUCUUGUCAUACGGUCGCGGAUCGGCUUACACUGCUUGUGGAACUAAAGACGAUCCUACUGUUUACACCAGAGUCAAAUCAUAUAUCGAUUGGAUACAACCUAUCGUUUGGGACUAGACUUAAAAAUGAGAAUGUUUUUAAUAAUUUACUUGUACACAAAUAACGUCAGGUGCGUGUGCACAUUAAAAUGCGUUUUUGUAACACGCUAGAAUUGUAUGUAGAUACCACAAUUUAUUAGUAAAUUUUCCUUGAUUUAAUUUGAAACUUCGUCAAAC